GUAGUCUCAUAUAAUCCAUUUCAAAGCAGAUAAUGUUGAUUAUCAGCUUUGAUAAUCUCUAGAUUAUAUGGCAGUGAAGAAAAGGCCUCAGUGUUCCAACAAUGCUUUUUAAACAGUUAUCAAACAAAUAAGGUUUUGCUUCUCAUUAUUUGCUUUGGAUGUUGUUUUUAAUAGUCAGUGAUUCAAUGGAUCCUGAAACAUGUGAAGCUGAAAAAUACUGGAGCAAUGGAUUUGCAGCACUACAGAUCUGUAUUGAUGCAGUGUUGAUAAAGUACAAGACCAAUCAUUCAGUUUUGGAAAAACUGGAAUCAACACAAGCCAUCAUGAUGGGAAAAUCUGCUGGUACAGAAAUAGAUCAUUAUAUUCGCUUGGUUGUAUUACUUUACCUUGUGGUUGCUUUUUCACCAUUUGGCAAUUUCUUGGCAAUCCACAUUGUGACAGAGAAAGAAAAAAACCUGAAAGAAUUCUUAACAGUAAUGGGACUUCACGACACAGCUUUUUGGCUUUCUUGGGUUUUACUCUACGCCAGUCUGGUUUUUGUCAUGUCCCUUCUCAUGUCCGUCAUUGCAACAUUUUCUUCACUCUUUGGUCAAAGUAGCAGCUUUGUGAUAUUUCUUCUUUUUUUCCUAUAUGGAUUAUCCUCUAUUUCAUUUGCAUUUAUGUUAACUUCUAUUUUCAAAAAAUCAACGUAUGCUGGUACAGUUCAAUACUUUGCAACCCUGGCUUUUGGUAUUCUGGGCCUGACUGUUGUCUUGGCAGAAGAUUUCCCAAAGUCCUUUGUGUGGUCGCUUAGCCCACUGUGUGAAUGCAUAUUUUUAGUUGGCGUUGCACAGGUUAUGCAUCUGAAAGAUUAUGAAAAUGGAGCUGUUUUCUCCAAUUUAACUCUUGGCCCGUAUCCACUCCUUAUUGUUUUUACCCUAUUGGCCCUUGAUAGCAUACUUUACCUACUCUUGGGAGUUUAUUUGGAUCAAGUGCUGCCAGGGGAAUAUGGAUUGCGACGAAGCUUUUUUUACUUCCUCAAGCCAUCGUUUUGGUUAAAACGAACAAGAAAUUAUAAAGAAUUAUGUGAGAGCAGCAUUGGCGGGAGCGUGGAUGUCAAUGAGAUCAUUGAACCUGUAUCUCCUGAAUUUCAGGGAAAGGAAGCUAUAAGGAUCAGCUGUGUGCAGAAAUCUUUUGUCAAAAAAGGCGAAACUGUCGAGGCUCUGAAAAGUCUCUCCUUUAACAUAUAUGAAGGUCAGAUCACAGCCUUGCUUGGACAUAGUGGAACAGGAAAAACGACAUUAAUGAGCAUCCUGUGUGGAUUGUGCCCACCUUCUGACGGAUUUGCAAUGAUAUAUGGAUGCAAAGUUUCUGAAAUAGAUGAAAUGCUGGAGAUGAGAAAGAUAAUAGGAGUUUGCCAGCAAUUAGAUGUAUAUUUUGAUGUGUUAACGGUUCAAGAGAAUUUAUCAAUUAUUGCCUCAAUUAAAGGCAUACCUCCCAAUGAUAUGAUACAAGAGGUCCAAAAAGUUUUACUAGAUUUGGACAUGCAAAACAUUAAAGAUAACCAGGCUUCAAAACUUAGUGGAGGACAGAAAAGAAAACUGGCAGUUGGAUUUGCAGUCCUUGGAGAUCCAAAGGUAUUACUCUUGGAUGAACCAACGGCUGGCAUGGAUCCAUGCUCUCGACAUACAGUUUGGAACCUCCUGAGAAACAGAAAAGCCAAUCGAGUUACAGUGUUCAGUACCCAUUUCAUGGACGAAGCAGACAUUAUUGCAGAUCGGAAAGCUGUGAUUUCCCAAGGAAUGCUGAAAUGUCUUGGCUCCUCUCUCUUCCUUAAGACAAAAUGGGGGAUUGGUUACCGAUUGAGUAUGCACAUAGACAGGUAUUGCAACACCGAAGGCACAGCCUCUUUGAUCAGGCAGCACAUUCCUGAAGCCAGCUUGUUAAAACAGAAUGAAGAGCAGCUUGUAUAUGCCUUACCUUUCAAAGACAUGGACAAGUUUUCAGCACUAUUUGCUGAUCUAGAUGGUCAUUCCCAUUUGGGUGUUAUUUCUUAUGGAGUUUCCAUGACAACCUUGGAGGAUGUGUUUCUCAAGUUGGAAGUUAAAGCUGAAAUUGACCAAGCGGAUUUUGGUGUUUUUGAUGCUGAGCAAACUGAAGAGGAAGCGGAUGGAAAAUCUGUUAAUGAGGUAGAGCAAAGCCUGCUCAUGUUAUCUGAGACGAAAGCUUCUACUCUAAACACUAAGGAACUUUGGAAAAAACAAGCCUUCCAGAUAGCAAAGGUUCAUUUUCUUAGCCUCAAACGUGACACUAAAUCAUUGGCUGAAAUAUGCUUGUUUUUUAUAGUAUUUCUGAUUAUAGAGAUGAAUAUUUUUAAUAUGUAUCACCGGCACUACUUCAAAAAUGCUGUCAAACUGUCUCCAGACCUUUACUUCCUUAAACCGAAUGAAGAUCGCCACAAGUACAAAACCAGCCUCCUUGUUCAAAAUGUCACAGACAUUGAUGAUAUCCUCAACACCCUUAGGAAUCAGAAUAUUCAGACAGAAGAGUUCAAUGGUAGCAAUUAUGUGUCAGUUGCUCCCCACAAUGCAGCAUUAAACAUCUCUCAUUCAGGCAAGAGCUACAUCUUUACUGCUGCUUUUAACUGCACCAUGGAGCAUUCUUUAUCUGUUAUGAUAAAUAUUAUUAGCAACCUAUAUCUGCACAGUUUAAAUGUAACGGAAAACAUCCAUGUCUGGAGUAGUUCUUUCUUUGCUAGAAUUACUGAUCGAUUUUUUGUGGUAUCGCUGAUUUUUCAAGGUGUCAGUAUAGCAGUCAUCAUAGCUGGAAUGCCAUCUCUUUAUGCCAUGGAGAAUGCAGAAAAUCACAGGAUCAAAGCCUACACGCAACUUAAGAUAUCGGGCCUUUAUCCAUCUGCCUACUGGUGUGGACAUGCCUUAAUUGACUUUCCUUUAUACUAUAGUUUUCUUCUUCUUAUGCUCGGAAUCUUGUAUAUUGUUCAUCGUGAUUUUAAUUUUUUAUCAGUAGAGUUUCUUGCUGUGGGUGUUUCCUUUAUCGGCUAUGUGCCGUCAGUAAUUCUGUUCCAUUAUAUUGUUUCUUUUACCUUCAAAACCAUACAAAACACUCAAGAAUUUUGGUCUUUCAUUUUUUCAGCGGUAUCUUCAAUUUGCUUUCUUGUUACUCAUGUGGCUUUUCUUUAUUGGUAUUCAACAGCGGUUAUAAUUCACAUUUGCUUUUGUGUAUUGAUUCCAAUCUACCCUCUUACUGGGUGUCUGAACUCUCUUCUCCAGGGAUUCUACAAGCUUGGUCACAAUAGAGAACAAAGUACAGAAAUGUUAUUGGCAUCAGCAGUAUCGCCUUAUGUUCAUUGUGUGAUUUGGCUCUUUCUUCUGUGCUAUCUUGAAGGGAAAUAUGGAGGCAAAUCAAUGAGACAGGAUUCAUUUUUCAGGACUCGCGGGAAACAGCGGCUAUGGAAGUUCCAAGAUGUGCCUUUGGACGAAGACAAUGAUGAAGAUGUUGUGGCUGAGAGGCUGAGGGUUAAAAAUAUGGCAAGUUGUGAGAGUACUGAGGAGAAACCUGCAAUUUUGGUCAGCAAUUUACAUAAAGAAUAUGAUGAAAAGACAGAUUUUCUUCUGGGGAAAAAAAGAAAGAAAGUGGCAGCAAAUCAUAUCUCUCUUUGUGUGAAAAAAGGGGAAAUCCUGGGAGUGCUAGGUCCCAAUGGAGCUGGGAAAAGCACACUGAUUAAUAUUCUGGCCGGAGAAGUGGAACCAACCUCAGGCCAGGUGCUGAUAGAUGAUCAUUCUGAGGCUGGAAAUAACGACAAUGAUGCCAUGAGAUUUAUGGGAUACUGUCCACAAACAAACUCUCUAUGGCCCAACAUCACAUUGCAAGAGCAUUUUGAAAUUUAUGGUACCAUUAAAGGAAUAAGUGCCAGUGAUAUAGCUGAAGUAAUAAAAUGCAUUUCCAAUGCACUUGAUCUUAAGGAACAUCUGCAGCAAACCACAAAGAAUCUUGGAGCAGGGAUCAAACGAAAGUUAUGUUUUGCCUUAAGUAUGUUUGGCAACCCCUAUGUUACUCUGCUAGAUGAGCCGUCCACUGGAAUGGAUCCUGUAGGAAUACAGCAGUUGUGGAAAGCAAUCCGAGCAGCGUUUAAAAGUAAACAGAGAGCAGCUAUUCUGACAACUCAUUAUAUGGCGGAAGCCGAGGCUAUAUGUGAUCGAGUAGCUAUCCUGGUGUCUGGAAAGUUAAGGUGUAUCGGAACAGUUCAACAUCUGAAGAGUAAAUUUGGCAAAGGUUAUUUCUUAGAAAUAAAAUUAAAAGAAGUGCCAAAUAUGUUGCAGAAGGAGUGUAUUCAAAGGAAGAUUUUCCACAUGUUUCCAAAUGCAAUUCAUCAGAAAAGUUUUUCUUUAAUUUUGGCCUAUAAAGUUCCAAAGGAAGAUGUCCACUCGCUUGCAGAAUCUUUUUCUGAACUGGAGGAAGCAAAACAUGCCUUUAACAUCGAAGAAUACAGCUUCUCUCAAGCAACACUGGAACAGGUAUUUGUGGAACUUGUCAGAGAACAAGAAGAGGAAGAUAGCAAUUUUGGAACGCUGAAUGGAACACUUAGUUGGGAACGAUCUCAAGGGGAUCGGGUUGUUUUCUGAUCUAUUCUGCUUUCAAUAGCAUCAUUUCUCAGGUUUUUCAAGAGGCGAUAUUUUUUCCUGUUUUGCAUGCUUGGUGAAGAUGAUAAUUUGAUGCCCACAUCAACAGUAAUCUAUCUUUUUGCCUUAUUAUUAAUGUUAUAAAUACUUCAAAAAUUCCUAAUGGUAUUGUUACUAGUGCAUGACUUACUUUUUUAAAUGAACAUUUCCAAUGCUUUUGUUUCUGUUUUGCUUGAUAAUUAUAGUCGAAAAAAGCCACUAUACAAUUAAGGAGGAUUUGUGAUUUUCUGUUGUAUCGUUAUUGACUAUGUCCAGAUCUACAAGAUUAGUGAACAACAUCUACUCCCUAAGCAAGAUACUACCAUGGGUAUUGAUUUUUAUUGAUUUUCCACAGGCUUUCUAUCAAUGUUAUGGCAUCAGAAAGUUUUUGGUAUUGAGUGCUGUAGAGUUUGUUACGAUUCCAGAGACAAGCGUUCAGUUUUCUGCUCAGUCAUGAGAACCAACUUGGGUUAUCUUGGACAAGUUAAAAACUUUCAGCACUAGGAAAUACCAUAACGUGGUUGUCUUAAGGUUGCCAUAAAUCAGAAACAACUUGAAGGUAUGCAACAACCCUGUUGUAUGAGAAAGAUUUCUUGGAGAGAAAAAACCCUUAUUUGUGCCUGUUUUCAAUCCACUCUUGACCUUUUGUUUAUAUCUCUAUUUUUGGAGUACCAUUUUGUACAAAAUUAUAAGAAGAGGUUUUUAUGACAUUCUCUUAGAAUCUGAAGUACAAAUUUUUACUCACUUCUGCCAAGAUAAGUUUGUUUAUGAGCAACUUGUCCAAUUUCCUUCAAGGUUUAUUACAGUUUUCUGCUAUGAUGUUCAUGUGACAAUCAAAUGAUAAACUAAUCUUGAAUCAGUUGUUAUAUUGGUGACCCAGGAGUCAAACACUGUAAAGUUUAACUGGUGACGUACCAUUAACUAAAAUACACAGAAUGUAUAUUU